AUUCAAUUAUAUCGCAUGUUGAGUAUCACUUAACCGCAUGAGAAGUAUAAAUGUUCAUUUUGCAAUUGGUCACUAUAUGCAAUGGAUCUUCGGUCGUGGAAAAGUUUAUUUUAUCAACAAUUUCAGGUGUUUUUUGGGGUAUUUCCCAUUAAAGAAAAAUAAUUCUUAUUUAUUUUUUCUUCUUUGAUUUGUUCACAGUGAAACAGUGUCAAAAUUGGCCCGUGAUUGUGCAUAACCGACAUUUACUUAACAUAAUUGAAUGACAUUAAUAAUGUUGAAACCUGUUUAUUUUAUUUCAUUCUAUUGUUUAUCGAUGUGUUGAGUGGCAGGUUUAAAUAAAAAAAAGAGGUGUAUUAAUUUUCAUUGAAGUCACCUGUUUGUUGGACUUUUUUUUUGCGCUUUCCCACUUGUGUCUCUUGCUUUUCGCGCGUAGUGUGUGGUUUUUUUACGGCGCGGAAAUUAAUCUGUCUCUCUUGUAUUGAACUUGACAGAAAGGUGCUAAAGCUGCUGGUUGAAGCAAAUCUCGCGAAGAGGGCACCUUGGUGUCUGCAAAAUCACUCAAUUAGCAUAUCAUGUGUGUGCGGCUUCGUAGGGCCUUGAAUCCCACACUUUCGGCACUCUUGUCUCUUCAUAUUGGGAUCUAGUAUUUGGAACAUUUUUCCAACAGUUGCCAGUGUGAUUUUCGAGUGAGGCUACAAGCAACUCAAUUCUUUUCCCGUGCACUCCAAUAUAUAAAAGGCGGUUCCACGAUAAGAAUUCGGGCCAGUUACGCGCUGUGUGGAAGGUUCUGCAGCACUGGAGGAAUCACAACUUUGGUGCACUUCGGUAAAUAAAUGACGAGCACCUGUGAAGUCGACCAGUUUAGAGUUCUCACCUGUGUGCCGUGAUGUUUGUGUCCAAUUUUUGUGCGCGUUUGCUGUCCCCAUCGCUCUAUGGAUAUUUUCUUCUUCUCAUCACCUUGCUAGACAACCCAUUUGCAACAGCUUACAUUCGUGUCUACUGGAACGUGCCAACUUUUAUGUGCACCAAAUAUGGGAUUAGCUUCACGGAUGUUGAGAAGGAGUAUGGUGUGAUCCAGAAUGUGAAUGACACAUUUCGCGGAAAUGAAAUUUCAAUUCUCUACGAUCCGGGAAACUUUCCUGCCUUGUUGGAAAAUUCGUCGUCAGGACGAUUGGUGAAGCGUAACGGUGGUGUUCCGCAAGAAGGCAACCUAGCUGAGCACUUGAAGAUCUUCACAAAGCAUUUGGAUGAGUUGAUACCCAAUAAGGACUACGAAGGUCUCGCCGUCAUUGAUUUCGAAUCUUGGAGACCAGUUUUUCGUCAAAACUUUGGAACUUUGCAACCCUACAGGAAUUUGUCAAUUCGCAUUGAGCGAGAGAAGCAUCGUAAUUGGUCACACCGGGAAAUUGUUAGAGAAGCAACCAAAGUAUUUGAAAAUUCCGGAAGGAAGUUCAUGGAACAAACUCUCAAAAAAGCCAAAGCGGCACGUCCUAAUGCUUUGUGGGGCUACUAUGCGUUCCCAUAUUGCUUCAAUGGCAACUCCAGGGACCCACUUUCAUGCUCAAACGAGGUGCAACAGGAAAAUAAUCGAAUAAUGUGGCUCUUUGAGAAUUCCGACGUCAUCUUACCAUCGGUUUACCUGACGGAAGCUUGGGCACCAAAUAUGCGGAAGAGUAUCAUAAAGGGUCGCGUUGGUGAGGCUAAUCGUGUUGCAAGGGCCACGCAUAAGCGGCCACGACCCCAUGUACUUACGUACAUUCGAUACGCCUACACGGAUACCUUGAACUUCCUCAGCCAGGGUGACUUGUAUGACGCAUUCAGUGUGAUGGAUCAGAAAAAGUCCGAUGGUAUUCUCUGGGGAAGCUCCUUUGACCUCAAUUCACAAGCUAAAUGCCGCAACUUCAGGAAAUAUCUCGAAGAUCAAUUGGGUCCCAUUCUUCGACUUUUCACAAAACCAAAGUAUUCAGUUCAGGGAAUCAUUCAUCAACAAUGGCAUUGACGAGGAAGAAGCCCUGUGGGAAGUUUACCGAGACAUUCCACAACUUCAACGUUGAAUACGGUUAUUUUAUUAAAAUUUAAUUUCAUUUAACAUCAUUUCAUUUUCAUCAUUUACUCAUCAUAUUCCACCCACUCAAUGAUGUGAUUCCGCAAUUUUCACAUUAAUUCAUGAACAUAACAUACAUACAUUCAUAUACACUUCCAUGAAAGAGAGAAUUUAAAAUAUCCAAAACAUCUGACUCGGUUGUUUGAGUUGAAAUAAAUAAAUAUUUUGAAUUGAUGGUGAA